CAUCAAACAUCCUCCACAAUUAUCCUUCCUCGGAGAACUUCUUUUUAGAAGUUAAACUUUUUCACAAUUUUCUUCCAGCAAAUUGUGUGUAAUCAUCCAUUGUGAAUAUAUUUCAUGAAAAGAGAUGAUUUCACGAAUCACCAACAGAAAUUAGGAAGAAAUGGAGGAUGAAAAGUAUCUAAAUAGUUCUGGGGUCGUUAUUGAUCCAGAUUCUUUCAGCCAAGAAGAUUUGUCAUUUAUUUUGCUUCAUAUUGCCAAGGCAGUUACUCUGAUUUCAAUUAUCAUACUGGCAAUAUUCUCCAACAUACUUGUUAUUGCAGCUGUUAUACUUUACAGGAGAUUAAGAGGAAUCAACAAUUAUUUUUUGGUCUCUCUGGCAGCAGCAGAUCUACUGGUGGCCGGAGUAGCCAUGACACUCAAUGCUACCCAGGAGAUAUCCGGCAGAUGGAUUUUCGGCAGCUUUGUUUGUGACCUCUGGAACUCAAUAGAUGUUCAUGCUUCCACGGUUAGCACACUACAUCUGUGCUGUAUAUCACUUGAUAGAUAUUAUGCUAUUGUCAGACCAUUGGACUACCAGUCAACUAUAACUACCAGGGUUGCUAUUCUGAUGAUGAUUGUAGCCUGGUUGUCCCCGACCAUCAUUUCCUUUGUUCCCAUAUUUCUUGGCUGGUAUACGACUAAUGAACAUAUACAGGAACGAGCUGAAAGCCCAGGGGAGUGUGCGUUUAUUGUUAAUAAACCCUAUGCGUUCAUUUCAUCAACUCUUACAUUCUGGUGUCCUGUCAUAGUAAUGCUCCUCACCUACCAGAGGGUGUACAGAGAAGCAAUGCGACAAAAGAAAACCAUUGAACGACUCAACACAAUAGUAAAUCUGAACAGUAGAACAGUGAGUAGACGUGAGUCCAGUGAACAGGAAAAUUCAUCUGGUAGAUAUCGGGAAAGAACUGUUUCCUGGAGAGAGAAAUACAUUCAGGGAAGCAAUAGCAAUAUGAGCAAUAUCUCUGAGCACGACGAGUUUCAACCAGAGAAAAUUCUCAGAGAUAAGUUGAAAAAACAUCAAUAUUCAACCAAAGAUCAGAUUGGGGUGGGAGAUGAAACUGAUCUAAAGAAUGAAAGGGAUGAGAUGAACGAAACAAAGAGAAAUAGUCCUGAAGUUCGAGUGCAUAGGACAAGACAUAGUUUGGGGAAUGUUUUGGUGGAUGUAAAAGCUCGAGCCAGGUUAUCCAUUGUUAACAGCACGCAUGCUAUUACGGAGGGACUGAAAGAGCGUAAACGCUUGAACUCAAACUGGAGAAAAGAACAUAAAGCGUUUGUAACGCUUGGAGUUGUACUGGGAGCAUUCCUAGCCUGCUGGCUACCGUUCUUCACAUGGUAUUUAACAACAACAAUCUGUGGAGAUGCAUGUCCUUGUCCACCUCAAGUAGUUAGUGUUCUUUUCUGGAUAGGAUACUUCAACUCAACCCUAAACCCUGUAAUCUAUGCAAUGACAAAUCAGGACUUCAAGCUUGCAUUCAUCUCCAUACUAAGGAGACUAUUCUGUUGCAAGGCGUCAGAACGAACAAUGAAUUCAGAAUUUUAACCGUUUACCAUCUCUAUAGAUAUAUGUAAUACAGUUAGAACUAGGUUAAAACCAGAAAACUGUGGGAUAGGAAGUUGGCUUUUAGACUAAAGUUAAAACUUUAAGUAGAACAAUGCACAUAGGACACAACAAUGUGCAGUGUAAUCAGACCCAUUACAAUAAUAAUUGAUUUAAUAACUUACUAUAAUAGUAAAGCUAUUUGCACUGUAACAUCAUCAAAUGUACUUCAAUACUACUAUAAUGUCGUCUUACUAUUCUACAGUUAUCUGGUUUUCACUGUAAAAAGCUAUAGUUGGUCUCGCUAAUAAAGUACAUACAGGGUGUCCCAAUAAAUAUGGGAAUUCAGUGACGAAUUGGAUAUCGUCUUUUAAAUAAUUUUUUGA